AUGGACAAAAAAGUUUAUUAUACUUCUUUAAAAUCUCUUCAACAUAUUGUUCUGUUGUUGAUGUUUUGUUGUAUAAAAACAAGUGUAUCAUUGCUGUGUUAUAAUUGUUCUGCCACUCAGAAUGAAUGGAAUGGAUGUGGUGGUGAUUUUGUUCACUCGGUUUUAUUGUUUAAUAGCACAAGACAUUUCUUAGUUAACUGUUCAGAAGAAAAUGCCAUGUGCUUCGUAAGAUCAUGGAUGGCAAGGGCACAUAAUUCGUGGUUGGUUCAACGAGGCUGUUAUCUACCCAGUAAAAACGACGCCUUACCGCAUUCAAUGUCUUUACCCACAAGAGCUAUGACAUGUAAACACGAAAGGCUUGCUGAUGCUGAGUAUAAAGUUUGUCUUUGUAAAGCGGAUUGGUGUAAUUCAGGAAACUCCGUAAAUCCUUACCAGCUAGAAUUAGUACUUAGUGUAUCACUACUAUACUAUCAAAUUUAG